AUGCAGCUCAGCUACUUUUGCGAAGGAGGGCAGGCGAGCAGGACGAGGCUACUUUUGCGAAGGAGGGCAGGCGAGCAGGACGAGGGUGUGAUUGAUGUCUCCAUCGAUGCUUCCCCUACCACCAAGGUGCGUGUGUAUGGUGUAGUGUGGUAUGCAGCUCAGCUGCUGUCGGGAAGGCGGGAGGGAGAGCAGGACGAGGGUGUGAUUGAUGUCUCCAUCGCAUGGUUCCCCUACCACCAAGCUCAGCUGCUGUCGGGAAGGCGGGCGGGAGAGCAGGACGAGGGUGUGAUUGAUGUCUCCAUCGCAUGGUUCCCCUACCACCAAGCUCAGCUGCUGUCGGGAAGGCGGGCGGGAGAGCAGGACGAGGGUGUGAUUGAUGUCUCCAUUGCAUGGUUCCCCUACCACCAAGCAUGGGCUAUGCACGUGCUCCUUCCCUCCUUUCCCUUGCCAGUGGAUGCUCCCUCUCAGCUGGAGAAGGGAGCAGAGGCCAAGUGGGACACCAAGACAUCCCACUCCCCCAAUCUCCCCUCCGACCACCCCCAUAUAGAUACCAUGUGCUGUUCGCAUGCUCCCUCCCUCCUGUCCUUCCCAGGCUGGACCGCUGGGUACGUGGAUUCCCCCUCGCAGAUGGAAAAGGGUGCAGAGGCUGAGUGGGCCGCCAACGCCUCCUAUUCGCCCAACCUCCCCUCCGAUCUCUCCCGCAUCAUGCGGUGGGAUGGGCGGGGAGGCAACCUCCCACCCGAACCCAAUCCCUGUAUACCCCAUCACUGCUCUUGUAUCUUGCAGGCUGGACCGCUGGCUACGUGGAUGCCCCUUCGCAGUUGGAAAAGGGCGCAGAGGCCAAGCUGGACUGCCGGGUACGUGGAUGCCCCUUCGCAGCUGGAGAAGGGCGCAGAGGCCAAGUGGGCCACCAACGCAUCAUACUCCCCCAACCUCCCGUCCGACCUCUCCCGCAUCAUGCGGUGGGACGGCCGGGGAGCCAGUCUGGAGCUGCCAGGUGUCAACCCGUCACAGGACGGCAUGCUCUUUCUCACCUCCACGGACCCCGGUCGAUGGAGCAACGAGCUGAACAUCAUGAGCACAUAUGUCAAACGAAAUGGUCGUGGGUGGCGCAUUCAAGCACGAGAAGAUGCGUUUGGGGAUGUGACAGAGCUGGUGGAGAGUCAGGAGCACAUGUUCGCAUUCCUCUACGUCCCCUUCUCUGCCACUGGCCUUAUAGGAGCCACAAUAGCAGCGGAUGGGUCGGUGGUUCGUGGAUCAGGGGAUUUCUCGUGCACGCGAGUAGGCCUUGGGAUGUACGAGAUUAGCAUCCAUAACGAGCACAAGACACACAAGGACGGCAUCUUACUACUUCAGGUGAUGGGGAGGGACGACGGCAACAGGCGGUAUGCACGCCACGCCUUCCUCUCUUACAACUUCACAGCACAGGGGUCGCUGCUGGUGGAGGGGCAUCGGCUCGUGAAGCAACCUGCUGAGAUGUUCAAGGAGACGUUUCCAUACACUGAUACAGACUUUGCCUUUGUGUGGGUUGACUUCCGCAACCCUCUCAGCCCCACUCUCCGCUCCUAUACCGGUCCCCUCCCACCUCGACUGACCGGUUACCGCUUUUGGAGCGGAAUCAUAGCAGGAAUAGUCAUCAUGGCGGUAGCGACUGCAGCUGCUCUUUUCUUCCUCUCCCGCCACUCCAUCUCUCUGGUGAGGGGACCAGCCAUCCCAGCAGGUGAUUCCGGGUGGUUGCAGGUAACUUUACUAACGGGAAUAGUCAUCAUGGCGAUAGCGACUGCAGCUGCUCUUUUCUUCCUCUCCCGCCACUCCAUCUCUCUGGUGAGCAGACUAGACUCCCCAGCAGGUAACUUACCAAAGGGAAUAGUAGUUAUGGCGAUUGCGACUGCAGCUGCCCUGUUCUGCAACCCUAAACCCUGUUCUCCCGCCACUCCAUCUCUCUGCUUCCGCAAACCUCGCAGCAACGCGUUCGCUUCCCCCCGCUCGCCUUCCCCCUCUCCCCCUCCUUUCCGCUUGACCAUUCAUCACCUUGCCCCAAAACUCAACCUCCGCCUUCGCCCUCACCCUUCCCCCGUUUCCCCGCCAAACCCGUCAACACUCCCUUCCGCCAGCACAACACCCCAGCAGAAGCGCGCGCACCACGCCCUCUCGCAACCCUCCCCCCCCCUCCGCACAUCCUCUGCUUGCGCCUAUUGUCGUGUACUUCCUCCCCGGUUGCCCGCCCCACCUUCCUCACUUUCCUCCCCUCCCUCCCCCCUCCCCGCCCUGCCAGCCAUACCCUGCCGACUCCCACAACACAACCAUAGUCAUUCCUUCUCGUCUCUUAGCUGUGUGGUGUGCUGUGGUCCUCUCGACUCGGACCUCGCAGCGGCCAAGGAGGCCCUGAGGAAACAGGGCUCCUUCAAAACCUUCCUCAAGCUACUCAAAGACUCCGGCUUUGAGUCUAUCCUCGCUCGUUACAUUCAGACCCAACCGGUGACUCUCCUCGUCCCCACCGAUCGCGCGUUCGCGACGCUCCCGCUGCGCGUCAAAUCGCAGCUCUCCGGCUCCAAGCUCAUCAAGCUCCUCGAAUACCACAUGAUCCUGCAAAAGCUUCCCGUCGGCUUCCUCCGCCGUGCGCAGCCCGGAGCGCGCUUCCGCACCGUGUACGGCGUGCAGCUAGUUAAGCAGAAGUCGGCUCUUAAGAACACGGUGAUUUUCUCCCCGCCCGGCGCGAACGACGCGACGCAGAUGGCGGUGAUUACCUGGGGAGACGUUGCCGCGGCGAAGCUGAUUCUGCUGUGCGUUCAUGGCACUAACGGCGUGUUGUUGCCUCCUAACGUUUUCUUCUAA